UUUGCUUCGGCUAUUCUACAGGGAACACCGUACUGUAAGUACUCUGCAUCUAGCGGAAAAAUGCCGUUUUAGCGACAGUGGUGGACCAUAGCCGCUACAGUCCAAGUGGAACAAUGUCUUGUCACGUCUCAUACUGUCCACAAGGGAGCAGCGGAUGGAGUCCACAGUGUUGUGAUCUCCACAAGUGGUCACACCCAAGCGAACAAAUCACAAGAAGACCUGUGGGUCUGUGAAUCAUUGUAAGAUUGGUUAUAUAUAAGAAUGGGUGUUAUGCGAAUGCUUGAACACCACCAACAACUUUUAAUCAUGCAUCGCGCUCUUGAAUCUGAAGAUAUCAUCUAUGCCGUGUUAGAACACGUCAAGUCCUCUGCGAAGGACUUGGUGAACGUAGCGAUGACCUGCUCCACACUGGCAGGUCCCGCCCUCGAUAUCCUCUGGUCCGAACAGUCAAGUUUGGCACCACUCAUUAUGUGUCUACCGCAAGACACCUGGGAGGUCGCAGAGGAUCAAACUAUCGAUCUUUCCAGAGAGCCAGCUCCCACUGAGUGGGAGCGUCUCAGAAUGAAUGCAUCAAGAGUGCGCCGGCUUCUUUUUAAUAAAUUCAGUAGCGUGCUUCCCCCGAAGCCACAUCUCAUCCCGAGUGGUCGUACCCUACAGAGGAUUUUCGAGCAGUUCCCUCCCGCCACACUCUUCCCAAACCUUUGCGCAUUGGAUUUCGAGGCCAUAUUCGGUCGGUCGGAGUAUAGUUCGAAAUUCUUGCUACUUCGGCAGUUCAUGUCGCCUGGAUUGGAAGUGCUAAGGUUUGAUGUACCUGGAGGCGUCCCAACGUAUGAAGUAGAGCAAUUGCUUGAUGCUCUUCCCGUAGAAGCGUACGGCCUGCGUCAACUGUUGAUCUCAGCGGGCCAUGAUACCACGACUUUUACAGUUCCUCCGAGUUUCGAAAAGCUGUCCAAGUUAAUUAUACUGAGCAUUCACGGAAUAGAUGCGUGCCUGACGAGGCAGACAAUCACUAAUAUCCAGCAUGCUCGGUGUCUUCAAACUCUCAUGCUUACUUUGCGCGGGACCUCCAACGAUGCGGGUGUCCUCGAACACCUCUGUCUCUUUGGCGGUUCCUUACCACAGUGCACACACUUCAUUCGUCAAGUCACCACCCGGCAACUAUCACAUAUCAGUAUCGGGUACUCUAAACCUGCUUCCCCGACAGAAAUCACCGCAUUCGUGGAAUCAUUAUCCACCUCGUGCCAAAUUGGAUCCUUGGAACAGAUCUAUGUGAUGGACGCAUCAGAUGGCUGUGGCCCUGAGCUCGCGAUCCCACUCCCCUCCGAAAUCUUCCGGCCCUUGCUCAAGUUCAGCAGGCUGUCGUCUGUCAAAUUCAUCGGCAUUGGAAACUACCACCUUGACGAUAGGUUCAUCAAUGAUGUCGCAGUUGCCUGGCCGGAUAUUCGGGAAUUGAAGUUCGCUUCAAGGAGACGUGGCACUUGUAACGUCACCUUCACCGCCAUGAUGUCACUGGCGUCAAGGUGCAGAUUGCUGCACACCUUACAUCUGACGUUCGAUGCCACACAACCGACAACAAUUCCUCGAGCACCGGACGGGACGGAGGCGCUUUGGCCCACGCAAACAGCCCUUCAAAAGCUGCAUCUUGGGCACUCUGAGGUGUCGAAAGUUGCGCGCGUUCCAUAUUUCCUAGUUGAGGUAUUUCCAACUCUAUCGGAUUUCAAGUGGUAUGACUACUUUGGGGAUUCCGAUAUCGAUAUCGUUAUGGAAUCAGCACUGGUGGAAGCAUGGCAACAACUGAGAUUACUUCGGAACUUGGACGACGACGACGACGAUGAUGAUGACGACGACGACGAUGAUGACGACGAUGACGAUGACGACGACGACGGUGACGACGACGACGACGACGACGACGACGAUGAUGACGACGACGACGAUGACGACGACGACCACGACAACGCCGACGACGACGACGACGACGACGACUCGGGUGAGGAAUGGGGGGAGGAGGAGGCGGGGGAGGAGGAUUCAGACGACGAUGACUGGAUGUGA